GGACCCCAAAACGGCGGCUCAUCGUUGGCUUUUAUAGUUUCAUGGAGAUUGUUUGUGUAAAUGAAACCGAAUCCAUCUGAAAUCAGGAGCAUCUGAACUAACACGCCGUCUUGAGCUCGGUGCUCUGUCUGCAGCCCCUGAAGACCGUUGUGGGGAAGCCGCAGAAAGGGAGCCAUGUUUCUGUACAACAUCACCCUCCAGCGUGCCACGGGCAUCACUCAUGCCAUCCAUGGAAACUUCUCAGGAACCAAAAUGCAGGAGAUUGUCGUCUCCAGGGGAAAGAUCUUGGAGUUAUUGCGGCCGGAUGCCAACACAGGGAAGGUGCACACUCUGCUCACAGUGGAGGUGUUUGGCAUCAUUCGGUCCCUGAUGGCCUUCAGGCUCACUGGAGGAACCAAAGACUACAUUGUUGUUGGCAGCGACAGUGGUCGAAUUGUCAUCUUGGAAUAUCAUCCGUCAAAAAACAUGUUCGAGAAGAUCCACCAGGAAACGUUUGGGAAGAGCGGCUGCCGGCGCAUCGUCCCCGGACAGUUCCUGGCUGUCGAUCCUAAAGGCCGAGCUGUUAUGAUUGGAGCGAUAGAGAAGCAGAAGCUGGUUUAUAUUCUGAACAGAGAUGCAGCUGCCAGGCUGACCAUCUCCUCUCCGCUGGAAGCACACAAGGCGAACACACUGGUCUACCAUGUCGUCGGAGUCGAUGUCGGCUUUGAGAACCCCAUGUUUGCCUGCCUCGAGAUGGAUUAUGAGGAAGCUGACAAUGACCCGACAGGAGAAGCGGCCGCCAACACUCAACAGACACUCACCUUUUACGAGCUGGACCUGGGCUUAAAUCACGUUGUCCGCAAGUACAGCGAGGCUCUGGAAGAGCAUGGGAAUUUCCUCAUCACUGUUCCUGGUGGUUCCGAUGGGCCCAGUGGCGUUCUGAUCUGCUCCGAAAACUACAUCACUUACAAGAAUUUUGGAGACCAGCCGGACAUUCGCUGUCCCAUCCCGCGACGCAGGAAUGACCUGGAUGACCCGGAGCGUGGGAUGAUAUUUGUCUGCUCAGCCACCCACAAGACCAAGUCCAUGUUCUUCUUCCUGGCCCAAACUGAGCAGGGAGACAUCUUUAAGGUUACCCUGGAGACGGAUGAAGAAAUGGUCACAGAAAUCAGGCUGAAAUACUUUGACACGAUCCCUGUAGCAACAGCCAUGUGUGUCCUGAAGACUGGCUUCUUGUUUGUGUGUUCAGAAUUUGGAAACCAUUACCUUUACCAGAUCGCUCACUUGGGUGACGAUGACGAGGAGCCAGAGUUCUCCUCUGCAAUGCCGUUGGAAGAGGGAGACACAUUUUUCUUCCAGCCCCGCCCCCUCAAGAACCUUGUGCUGGUGGACGAGCAGGAGAACCUCUCGCCCAUCAUGUCCUGUCAGAUUGCAGAUUUAGCCAAUGAAGAUACACCACAGUUGUACGUUGCCUGUGGUCGAGGACCCCGGUCUACUCUGAGGGUCCUGAGACAUGGACUGGAGGUAUCAGAGAUGGCCGUGUCUGAGCUGCCCGGUAACCCCAACGCUGUGUGGACAGUACGCAAACAUGUGGAAGACGAGUUUGAUGCCUACAUCAUCGUGUCUUUCGUGAACGCUACUCUGGUUCUGUCCAUCGGAGAGACUGUAGAGGAAGUGACAGAUUCUGGGUUUCUCGGAACGACGCCUACUCUCUCCUGCUCGCUGCUCGGCGAAGAUGCGCUGGUGCAGGUGUACCCAGACGGGAUUCGCCACAUCCGUGCGGACAAGCGUGUGAAUGAGUGGAAGACUCCUGGCAAGAAAACCAUUGUCCGCUGCGCAGUGAACCAGCGACAGGUUGUCAUCGCCCUCACCGGAGGGGAGCUGGUCUACUUUGAGAUGGACCCGUCUGGUCAACUCAAUGAGUACACGGAGCGGAAGGAGAUGUCUGCAGACGUGGUUUGUAUGAGCCUCGCAAACGUUCCACCUGGUGAGCAGCGCUCGCGUUUCCUGGCAGUGGGGCUGGUUGACAACACCGUCCGAAUCAUCUCCCUGGACCCACUGGACUGCCUUCAGCCGUUGAGUAUGCAGGCCCUGCCAGCCCAGCCAGAGAGUCUGUGUAUUGUUGAGAUGGGAGGGGUCGAGAAACAGGAUGAACUUGGAGAAAAGGGAUCCAUUGGCUUCCUCUACCUCAACAUAGGACUUCAGAACGGUGUGCUGCUGAGGACUGUGCUGGACCCAGUGACCGGUGACCUGUCGGACACCAGAACACGAUACCUGGGGUCUCGACCUGUCAAACUCUUCAGAGUCCGGAUGCAAGGACAAGAAGCUGUGCUGGCGAUGUCCAGUCGCUCCUGGCUCAGCUACUCGUACCAGUCUCGCUUCCACCUGACCCCUCUGUCAUAUGAGACCCUGGAGUACGCCUCCGGCUUUGCAUCCGAGCAGUGCCCCGAAGGCAUCGUGGCCAUUUCCACCAACACACUGAGAAUCUUGGCUUUGGAGAAGUUAGGAGCAGUCUUCAACCAGGUGGCCUUUCCUCUGCAGUACACUCCCAGGAAAUUUGUGAUCCACCCGGAGACUAAUAACCUAAUUGUGAUCGAGACGGACCACAAUGCCUACACUGAGGCAACCAAAGCCCAGAGAAAGCAACAAAUGGCUGAGGAGAUGGUGGAGGCUGCUGGUGAAGACGAACGAGAACUGGCUGCUGAGAUGGCCGCUGCCUUCCUCAACGAGAAUCUCCCAGAAGCCAUUUUUGGUGCACCCAAAGCUGGACCCGGGCAGUGGGCCUCGCUGGUGCGUCUCAUCAACCCCAUACAGGGUACAACACUGGACCUGGUGCAGCUGGAGCAGAACGAAGCUGCUUUCAGCGUUGCCGUGUGUCGUUUCCCCAACACAGGAGAUGAUUGGUAUGUUCUUGUGGGCGUUGCCAAAGACAUGAUUCUCAACCCCAGAUCCGUGUCCGGUGGCUUCAUCUACACCUAUCGGCUCGUCAGUGGAGGCGAGAAACUGGAGCUCGUGCACAAAACCCCGGUAGAGGACGUUCCAUUGGCCAUUGCGCCAUUCCAGGGAAGAGUCCUGGUUGGAGUUGGGAAACUGUUGAGAAUCUACGACCUGGGCAAGAAGAAGCUGCUCCGCAAGUGUGAAAACAAGCACGUUCCCAACCUCGUGACGAGCAUCCACACCAUCGGCCAGCGGGUCAUCGUGACCGACGUUCAGGAGAGCCUGUUCUGGGUUCGUUACAGGCGCCACGAGAACCAGCUCAUCAUCUUCGCCGACGACACGUAUCCCCGCUGGGUGACCACGGCCUGUCUGCUCGACUACGACACCAUGGCCUGUGCUGACAAGUUUGGGAACAUCAGCAUUGUGCGGCUACCCGCCAACACCAGCGACGAUGUGGAUGAAGACCCCACGGGGAACAAGGCUUUAUGGGACAGAGGCCUCCUUAAUGGAGCAUCACAGAAGGCUGAGGUGAUCGUGAACUACCAUGUUGGUGAGACGGUGUUAUCGCUCCAGAAGACCACGCUGAUCCCUGGAGGUUCGGAGUCCAUGGUCUACACCACUUUGUCUGGAGGCAUCGGCAUUCUGGUCCCAUUCACCUCACAUGAGGACCAUGACUUCUUCCAGCAUUUAGAGAUGCACAUGCGCUCUGAGUUUCCUCCGCUUUGCGGCAGAGACCAUCUCAGCUUUAGAUCCUACUACUUCCCAGUUAAGAAUGUGAUUGACGGAGAUCUAUGUGAGCAGUUCAACAGCAUGGACCCUCAUAAGCAGAAAAGUGUGGCAGAAGAGCUGGACAGGACGCCACCUGAGGUCUCUAAGAAACUGGAGGACAUUCGCACUCGCUACGCCUUCUAAUACUUCACCUUUUGUGCAGCUGGUGUGGACAGAGAUGCACUCAUUAGGACCAUUACACCCCCCCAAACCCUGCUCUCCCUCAGCAUGCCUCUGUUCCGGACCUAGAUUGAUGGACAUUUAUGGAUUUUUAAUAUCUUUUUGACUGGGCGGAUGCCCACUGGAUGACGUGGAGACAUACCACAGGAUGUCACAUGCUUCUAAUUGUCGCGCUUUGCUCAGUUAUGAUGCGAGUCACAUGCACCUCACCGCAAAUACUUGCAAUCAAGACUCAAAAGGUUUCCUUUUGAGUUGAACGCCGUUCUCAGACACAGCUGUCGUGAUCGGCCGUUCACACACUGCUGUGUAAACCAAAUUCACAUCCUCUCAAUCGCGCGAUGAGCAACAGUCGCACUGUCACCUGCGCCCCUAAGAGUACGUACCAUCAUCCAUGAGCAUCUAUGUGAAUGUUUUCUAUUUUAAUGCUUUUUAGCUCAUGCCAAGCAGCGACGUGCAGUUGGUUGACGUCACGCCGCCUUGACGGGAGCUGGAACGCUCAGAAUAUUUUUAGUGUCUUGUUAUUUAGCGAUAAGGUGGUAUUUCAGUUCGUCUUCUAUCUUUGAUCUCGGCUAAAUUAAACAUGUGUUUUUGUACGAUAUGAUUUGUCCAUUUUGUAUUGAUUAGAAUUAUUUUUAGUUAUGCAUCAUAAUUAGUUAUGAUGCAUCUACCAUUGACCAAGAUGGUAUUAUUAAAUCGUUCUUAGCCCGUUCUCCUACAUGCGUGAGAGUGAGUGUGUGCGUAUGUGUGUGUGUGUGAAUGUUGUUGACUCUUUAAAGCAUAUUGCUGACUAGCAACUGAGAACCCAACAGGAGCCAACGUCUGCCCCCCCUCUGGGGCCACAGUUCAACACGUGUUGCCAUCCACUGUGGCGUUAGAACUCUGACUAAAUAAGUGGGUGGAGGGACGCUGAAGGUUCACUGGGUGUUGGUCCUCUCAGUCCUGUAAAUUCCCAACCUCAGCCACAGGCGCAGACAUAGCAUUCCUCAGUAGUCGCUGAAUUUAGGGGGUUUGUGGGAUGGGGCAGUGGUCCGUUUCUUGUAAAUAAAGUUGUUUCUUUGUGCGUUAUAAUA